AUGACUUUCUUCAAGUCAGAAGGCAAACCCACCGAAAAAUGGAGUGUCAGCAUGGUCACGAGCUUCAUGAGAGUCCGCGAAAGACAGUUCGACGCCCUGCAGGAGGAACUGAAGAGGAAAUUCGAAGGCGCUGAGACCCUUGAACAAAAGGUCGCGUUGCAAUCGACCGAUUUGGCAAAGGACAUCGAGCAAGCCAUGCUGACAGAGUACAACUUCCAGAUGCCAGAAGCUCAUGGAAAAUGGUACGAAAUCCGUUGGUUCGAUUCUGGUGCCUCUUGGCGCGGAGAAGAUCUUUGGGUUUACGCACAGUUGCGCAUUGAAAUGAGGAGCCAGAGCGUUGCCGGUUCCUUUUCUCAAUUCCAUAUCGAAUCGCUCUCCAGGAAACCGCUAGGAUUCUGGUACAAGGACCCACCGAAAGGACUCGCCGAUCAACAGCGACCUCCACAUGAACAACCUCCUUAUUCUGGUUCAUCGGAACCGCCGGGCACAGUCUCUCAAAAUGUUCCAGACGACACGGCCAAUUCAGUGGGGCCCAGUGUAUCCAUUCCCCAGCCAUCUGUUGAAACGAAACACCCUCCUCCGAGCGGAAUGGGAGAAAGCGGCACUGUCUUCUCUACCUGA